UCCUGUGCGAUGUCCCAAACUGCCCGAUAGAAGACGAACAAGGAGAAGAAAACUCUGCCGGCUCUCAGUGAUCACACUUUCCCGGAGAUUACCGACUUCAAGUCUGAGAGCGGGAAGUUGCAACAAGACAACUGACACUUUGCAGGUCCAACUUGUGUCCAGGACAAUAUGAUGUCCCAGCAAGCAGCCUUGACGGGCUUGUUCGGCGAUGACCCUUUCUUCAGCCAGGAGGAGUUGCUGUGGCCGCUGCGUCACGAGGAUCUCUCAUCACUGCAACAAGACUUCUUCAACCAGAGAACCAAAGUGGCCGACAACCUUCUGGAGGGGAUUCACGACAGGCCCCACUCGCUCAAUUUUAGCCAGUUUCCUCUUGUUUCCUCCAGUUUGAUGAGGUUGAGUGGAGCUAAAGAGAGGGAGACUCCCAGUAAGGAGCUGCACAAGGAAGCCCAGAUAGCCACAGCAAACAGCAAUGACCUCCUCGUGACCCUGGAUGCUCGUGGUUAUGCCCCCAACGACAUCACUGUCAAACUGGAGGGGCGGAGCCUGGCGGUGGCGGCCAUGAAGCAGGCUGGAGCAGAAGAAAGCCAGUCCUGCGCCUCUUCUUCCUCCAAUGCCUCCUUCCGCUCCUCGGCCUCGUCUCGGAUGGGAUUUGUCCAGAGUAUUGACCUUCCCCCUCACCUGGAUCUGGCGGGUCUUUCCUGUUCCCUGAUGGAAAACGGCCAACUACGUAUCCACGCCCCUGUGGCCAAGCGGCCAAGCGGUGAGGAGCAGGAGGUGCCUGUUCGAUUCAGGACAUCACUGGAAUUUCCUAUUUCCAAGGACAAGACUGGGGAGGAACAGAGACACUAAUGCACUCAUAACAAACAUAUCAGAAUGAAAACACAUUUUCUAAUUAAAAAAAUAUAAAUGUUAUGGCCACACACAAACACACUUCCACUUCAAGGCUGUCUAUACUGAGUUAAGUCUACCAUUACAUUAGAGAAUAUGUAUUUUAUAAUUGUUUACAACUUGUAUUGUUGUUGAAUAAAAUAAAGUGUUGAUUUUCAGAGUUA